AUGGCUUCAGCGACCAUUUCAACACCUACAGGAGAGACUACUGGGUCUCCUGCCCCCGACGACUCCUCGAGCAAUACAAUGACCCGAGCUGAGAAUGACAAUGAGAAACACGCAGAGCCUGUUGGGGCGCUACAGGCAUCUGACGAUGAAACUCAGGACAAGGGAGAUCCCUCCCCUUUGAAAGCAUCCGUGAACAACGUGUCUUCCAUACCGAACGGAGGUACCAAAGCCUGGCUACAGGUUCUUGGUGCACAUUUUUUGUUCUUUAACUCAUGGGGCAUUGUCAACGCUUUUGGGACAUAUCAGACUUACUAUGAGGAAUCCUUUUUAUCAAGCUCAUCACCAUCGUCUAUAGCGUGGAUAGGCUCCAUUCAAGCCUUCUUGCUGCUAUUCGUUGGCGCACUUACUGGGCCAGUCUAUGAUGCGGGAUAUUCGCGUGCACUGAUUAUCGGGGGCUCAUUUUUUCUGGUUUUUGGCCAAAUGAUGCUGAGUCUUUGCACGGAGUACUGGCAAGUCUUGCUCGCCCAGGGCAUCUGUGUCGGAAUUGGUUCCGGUCUGCUAUGCGUGCCUAGUACAGCAAUUCUAUCCCAAUAUUUUACUACCCGACUGGCAACGGCUGUGGGAAUUACGGCGUCUGGUAGCAGCCUCGGUGGUAUUAUUUAUCCAGUUGUCUUCCAUAGGCUACAGCCCACAAUUGGCUUUCCAUGGGCCACCCGAGUUAUUGGCUUCAUCAUGCUAUUUACACAAAUUAUCUCUAUAAUGGUCAUGCGAGUCCGAGUUUUGCCCGACAAGAAACGUGCUAUUAUAGAUAUUGGAGCGUUCAAAGAGAUGCCUUAUCUUUUCUUCGUCAUCAGUGUCUUUGUCGGUUUCAUGGGACUCUACUUACCCUUUUUCUAUGUGCAAAGUUUUGCCAUUGAAAAAAAUAUCACGGACUCCAAUCUUGGCUUUUAUAUCCUCGCCAUUAUGAAUGCUACUAGUGCAUUUGGCCGUAUUAUUCCUGGGUUUCUGUCCGAUAAAAUUGGCCCUAUGAACGUCAUGACACCCUGUGCUUUGAUUUCCGCUGUUCUAUGCUUUUGCUUCAUCCCUGUCAAAAGUGUUGCCAGCUUGAUAGUUUUGGCAGUGCUAUAUGGGUUCUUCUCUGGUACCUUCGUCUCUUCCCCUACUGCCACCGUUGUGCGACUCUCUUCACACAGUCGAGGCAAUAUCGGGACCAGGCUGGGCCAGUGCUUCGGUGCAGUUUCUUUUGGACUGUUGAUUGGCACCCCUGUCGGUGGUGUUGUUUUAGACAAGCACGGGUUUUCCGGUCUCUGGAUAUUUGCUGGGGCAUUAACCGCAGCAUCAGGUUGCCUCGUGAUAGUUAGUCGAUUGUUUUACGUUGGCUCGGAUUUGAUGAAGAAGGCGUGA